AUGGGGGGAAUAUCGGACAAUGUCCGGGGACUUGCUUUAGCCAUAUCAUCCAGUGUUUUCAUUGGGUCCAGUUUCAUCAUAAAGAAGAAAGGCCUUCAAAAGGCCGGGGCUAACGGAUCUCGAGCAAGCGAUGGAGGUCAUGCAUACCUGCUGGAACCUUGUUGGUGGGCUGGGAUGAUUACAAUGAUUGCUGGGGAGGGAGCAAACUUUGCAGCCUAUGCAUAUGCUCCAGCAAUCCUUGUCACUCCAUUGGGAGCUUUAAGUAUCAUUUUCAGUGCAGUGUUAGCCCAUUUCGUUUUGGAUGAGAGAUUGCACAUUUUUGGUGUGGUUGGAUGUAUUCUCUGCCUGGUAGGUUCCACCACUAUUGUUUUACAUGCUCCGGUGGAGAGGAAAAUUGAAUCUGUCAAGGAAGUAUGGAUCCUGGCAACAGAACCAGGUUUUGUUAUCUACACUUGCGCAAUUUUGAUUCUUGUUCUCGUUCUCAUUUUUCGGUAUGUGCCACGCUAUGGACAAACGCAUAUGGUUUUGUAUAUUGGGAUUUGUUCUCUCAUGGGUUCUCUCACGGUAAUGUUUGUUAAAGCAGUAGGGAUAGCUUUGAAGCUAUCAUUUUCAGGAACAAAUCAGUUUAAAUACUUUGAGACAUGGUUUUUUACUUUCUUCGUGAUUCUUUGUUGUCUCGUACAGCUGAACUAUUUAAACAAGGCACUGGACACAUAUAAUACUGCUGUCGUUUCUCCUGUAUAUUAUGUCAUGUUCACAAGCCUCACCAUCUUAGCUAGCAUGAUAAUGUUUAAGGAUUGGGAUCAUCAAGCUGCGUCGCCAAUUUUGACAGAAUUGUGCGGUUUUGUAGUCAUCUUUUGUGGCACUUUCCUCCUUCACAAAACAAAAGACAUGGGAUCUACCCCAAUUGUAUCGUCCCCGGUAUUUCUAUCAAGCAGAGACUCAAGUUCCAGGGAGAUCGAGAUUUGA